ACCAAAAAUUAGCAUAAGUAACUCUCACAUACAUCAGCUGCAAGAGGACACUUUCACCAUGCUCAAGUAUCAAGUUUUUGAUGCCUAUUACAAGGCUCUGUCUGCUAUGUUACUCAUGAAGUAUACAUCCUUUAUUGCUCGACUUGAACUGUUCCUGGAUACGCCAAUUGGUGUGACUACCGAUGAUGAUAGGUGUCUGCCACUUCUGAAAUUUAUUGCUCUUAUUGCAAUAAGAUCCGUUGGAACGUGUGAAUCUUUUUUUCAUUGUGUUGAGUUCAUCAAGGAUACCAUUGGUCUACAUGAAAUCAUUGCUGUGGUUGGUGCAAAUUUUGCGUCAAUUUUCUUUGCAGCUGCUUGCUCUUUACCAGUUAGAUAUGUGAUGAUUGAGAUUCAGAAGAUGAAACCUGAUGCUGAAGGAAAAUAUCCAUACACUGGCUUUGUUGAUUGUGCUGUCAAAACUUUCAAAGCAGGAGGGCUCUUCAAAUUUUACACCGAAUUCCUUCUCUAUUGUGAACAGAUUUCUCCUAGUUGCUUGGUGGCAUGUAUGUUUCUCAACCAGCUUCGUCAGACAUGGGAGAGGCAUGUAUCUUUGAUGAAGACCUCAGAAGCAUGAAGAGAUGUUGAAGGUGAUGGCAUCAUGGAUGGAGGGAUGUGUAGUACUAACAUGGCUUAUCAUUUUAACUUUGUUAGAGUAUAUAUAAAAUAUGUAUUAGUGAGAAGCUGCUGAUAAGUUGAAGAUUUAGAAUACUAAUUACUCAAAAUCUGUAUCUGUCUCUGUGUUAAUUAUAGGUAAAUUAUUUUAUGUCCCAUUUUCUUUCUUUAAUGU